GACUAUGGAAUACUGGGCGUCACUGCUAUAUGUUGUUGCUGAUAGCAUUGCUGCUUCUUCAGGUGCCUUUGCCCUCGUUGCCUCUCGUACUCACCCCCUUCCCACUACCGCUGCUUUUGGUGCUGCUAGCUCCGCCCGUUCAACCGGCCGGAUCUACUGA